AUGGCCGUGGCCCGUCGGCCGCCAUCGUCCGCCGUCUCCCUCACAGCUCUCGUCCUCUCCUCGACGCUCCUCCCGAUCGCCUCCGGCCAUGCGCUGCCCCGAGAGACAAAGACGGUGCCCGUCCGCGAGCUCAACGUGGUCCCCUGGCCGAUCGCGACGCCCGCGCCCCAGCUCGACCUCGGCGCCGUGCCCGCCGCCGACCUGCUGCGCCGCGACUUCAACACCAUCUGCGGCUUCAUAGGGGGCCACGCCGACUUCCCAGCGACCUGCCUGGCCGGCUCGCACUGCGCCGUCGACGUCGACAACAAGGCCAUCGGCUGCUGCCCCGACGGCGCCCCCUGCACCGGCGGCAUCUUCACCGGCUGCGUCGACGUCAACAGCCCGCCCCAGACGGAGCUCAACCCCUAUGUCUUCACCUGCACCGGCGCCGACGUCUGCUACCAGAACCACUUUGACGGCGGCUUCUUCCAGUUUGGCUGCGGCGCGUCGUCCGCCCUGGCGACGAGCGUGGCCACCUCGGCCUUUAGCCGCGGGCCGCUCGACUUUAGCCACGUCUCUGUCCGGCUGACGGCCACGCCCACGCUUCUCGCGACGCCGACGACGAUUGGGUCGCGCACGGGAACCAGGUCUUCUGACAGCACUUCUACUGGCAGCAGUAAGACUAAGACAACCGAUGCCUCUGACACGAAGACGGCCUCAACCGAAGAGUCUACGGGAACCGCUACCGAAACCUCACCUACCGAAUCUUCUACCUCAACCUCGACUGCUGAGCCCGCAGCGCCCACUUCCAAAGGCAGCUCAAACACUGGGCCCAUUGUUGGAGGCGUUGUCGGUGGUCUCGCCGGCCUUGCCCUGCUGUUAGGCCUCCUUUUCUUUUUCAUCCGUAGGAAGAAGGCAGCCAAGCCUGCCCAGUACAUCGAGCCGUCAACUGAAAAAUACAACAACUCCGAACCCCAGUACCCUCCCAAAACCCCUCUCCUUACUGAAGAACGUGGCGUCCACCCAGAAGGGGCCGAACUCAGCCAGCUCCCCCGAAGACCCAGCGAGGCCGCCCCCCAGCUCGGCGAGAUUGGCCUGGCCGUGCCCUUCAGCCCGACCUCUGAAUACAGCAGGCCGUCCGACGAGAUUCCUCUCCGGGAAAAUACGUCCACUCCCAAGCCGGACAUUUCGCCGCCCAUUGAGACCGGCCCGUACAUCCCGCGGAGAAGAGCCGACGGCGACGGCACGUCUUUUUGGUCACAGACGAGAUCCGAGUCGCGGUCUCGCGGCCGGCCAUGGGUUUGA